AUGUCGAUAGAAAAGAGAGAUAUUAAAACAGAAAUUAGUACAGUAAAAUCUGAAUUGGUUAAACAUGAGAAUCGAAUAAAAGAAUAUGAUACUAAAAUAGCAGAAUGCAAAAGACAGAUACAGACAAUAUAUUCUUCUUUAAAGGAAACUAGUAAAAGAGGUAAAAUCAUGACAACAUUAAAUCAACUUAAUAGUCAACUAAAAGAAAAAGAUCAUGCAAAGAAAGAACUUAAAGAAAGAUUAGGAGUUAUUCAGGGAGAUAUUGCAGUUAUUAAGGAUGAAAUAUCAAUAAUAAACGGUGGAUCAGAAAUUAUGUCUUUAGAAACUAUUAACAGUAAAAUAGAGAAUUUAAAUAAGAAAUUCUUAUCAGAUAACAUGAGUGAUUCAGAAUCAAAGAGAUGUUAUGAUGAAAUAAUUAAGUUAGAAAAUAGAAGGGAAAAAUAUGGAAUGUCAGAAAUGAACACUAAAAAACUUCAAAAUAAAACCAAGAUUUAUCAAGAUAUGGUUAAAGAGUUAAAGAAUAUCAAUAACACUAUUUUUGAUACAAGAAUUACCAUUAAAAAUACAGAACUUGAACUUAAAAAGUUAACUGCAAGUAAGACUGAGAAAAUUCCUGAAGUAGAGAAAUUAGAUGAGCAAAUUGCUUCAUUAAAAACACUCAAGAAAAACGAAAUUAGUAACAGAUCGGCUAAAAGAGAUCAGUUACAUAAUCUUAUUAUUGAAAGCAAAGAAAUCAAACGGAAGAUUUUGAUUGCUAAAGAAUUAGAAGCUGAAAAGGGAAAGAUUAGAGAUAAAAUAAAAGAAGAGUUAAAAAAGAUCAAUCUUGAAGAACAAAGACUUAAUGAUUUUAGUGAUAAAGUGUUUGAAAAUUUAAGAUUUAAUGUUAACAAAGCUAAAAAAUUAAAUGAUUUUAAAUUUUCAGCUGAUUUGGUUUCUAAACUUUUUAAGUAUAAAAUUUCGAUUCCUAACGAUCAGAAAUCAGCAGAUAAGACUUUAGAGGAGAUCGACCAAAAACAGAGAGAAACAGCUGGGAGAUACAGAAAGGUUUAUGAUGAAGUUAAUAAAAAUAUUUCAUCAGUGAGAGCUGUCAUUAGUGAAUAUGAAAAAGAAUUAACAGAAUUACCUGUUUCUCAUCUUAAAACUUCUUCUGAAACUAAGAGUUCUGAAUAA